UCGGGAGAGGAGUGGACGCCGCUGGCCAGGAUGGUGCUGGAGAGCGUGGCCCGCAUCGUGAAGGUGCAGCUCCCCGCAUAUCUGAAACGGCUCCCAGUCCCUGAAAGCAUUACCGGGUUCGCUAAGCUCACAGUUUCAGAAUGGCUUCGGUUAUUGCCUUUCCUUGGUGUACUCGCACUUCUUGGCUACCUUGCAGUUCGUCCGUUCCUCCCAAAGAAGAAACAACAGAAGGAUAGCUUGAUUAAUCUUAAAAUACAAAAGGAAAAUCCGAAAGUAGUGAAUGAAAUAAACAUUGAAGAUUUGUGUCUUACUAAAGCAGCUUAUUGUAGGUGUUGGCGUUCUAAAACGGUAAGAUGUCUGUUUACAUGUACACUAAAAUUUUGCAGUGCUAGGAUUGUUUCGCCUCUUAAAUCCCCAGUUUUGAAGUUCUUUAAGAUGAGAGAAUUUUCUGUAAUAUUUGGUAUUGAAAGACCAUAUUCCUAAAUUGAAGUUUUCAUGUCAUGAUAGAUAACUACCUACAUUAGAAAAGUUGGAGCAGCAAAGAAGAAUAAAAAUCUCAUGCCUUCGCAAUGUUCGGCAUUUAUGUAGAGUAACAUGUAUUUUAAAAUACACAUUCUUUGAGAGAGUACAUAAGGUUUAAUGGAAAAAAGCUUUGGUGUCAUAGUAAAUAGUGGUCAAAUAUACUUGUCACAGUAUGAGUUUGGUUGGACAAGUUACUUAAUUUUUAAUCUCUAAUCUUCAGGGUUUGUUUGUUUUAACCUGAUACAUCCACAUUACAUAUUUUUGAGAAGUGAGAUGAUAUAUGUAAACUGCUUUAAUAAUAUGAGGUAGUAAAUGAUAGCCUGAAUUAUAGAUGAUUUUUAAUGUGGGAAGGAGUUUGGAGUGAUAAGUACUAUAAGUAGUUGACAAAAUCUGUUUUCUUGUACUUGAUCAUAGAUUAUUUGAGGUUUUUAGUACAGUAUUGCUCAUCACAACAUCCUUUGUAAUAGCAAAAUUUUUAUAAACUAAAUAUCUGAUAAAAAGGGAAUGAUCAUGUUUUUAAAGGAUAUAUAAUGACAUGAGAUCCUGAUAUAAGUAAGAAAGCAUAUUACAGUAUGAUCCCGAUUUUGUUUAAAAAACGAAUACACGCAGGCCAGGCGCGGUGGCUCACGCCUGUAAUCCCAGCACUUUGGGAGGCCGAGGCAGGCGGAUCACGAGGUCUGGGGUUCGAGAACAGCCUGACCAACAUGGUGAAACCGCGUCUCUAGUAAAAAAUACAAAAAAAAAUUAGCCAGGCAUCUGUAAUCCCAGCUACUCAGGAGGCUGAGGCAGGAGAAUCACUUGAACCCAGGAGGCAGAGGUUGCAGUGAGCCAAGAUCACGCCACUGCACUCCAGCCUGGGUGACAAGGCGAGACUCUGUCUCACAAAAAAAAGAAAAAAAGAAUACACACAGUAAAUGCAUAGGAAAAAAUAUACCAAACUGUUAAUUAUUAUUACCUAUAUCUGGAUGGGUUAUGAGUGAAUUUUUAAAAAUUUAUUUUUAUUUAUUCUUUAUUUAUUUUUGCGGGGGACAGAGUCUUGCUCUGUCACUCAGGCUGGAGUGCGAUGGCAUGAUCUCAGCUCACUGCAACCUCCACCUCCUGGGUUCAAGGAAUUCUCCCACCUCAGCCUCCCAAGUACCCGAGACACAGGCGUAUGCCACCACACCCAGCUAACUUUUGUAUUUUUAGUUAGAGAUGGGGUUUUGCCAUGUUGGCCAGAAUAGUCUUGAACUCCUGAUGUCAAGUGAUUUGUCCACCUCUGCCUCUGAAAGUGUUGGGAUUACAGGCGUAAGCUACCGCACCCAGCCUAAAAUAUAUUUUUGUUUUCAAAAAUUGUGUGGUAUGCAUGAGUUUUAUAGCAAGAAAAAAUUAUAAUUUAUUUUGAAUUAAAUUCCAUUGUUUUAAAAUUAAGCAAUAGGUGAGCUCGAAUUUCAAGCUCCACAAAUGACCAAGAACUUAUUUGAUUCCCUUUUAAACCUGUUGUCUAUUUUAAUCACUCAUAUGGAAUCAUUCAUAGGUUUUUAUGUAAAAUCUAAACCAAAUAAUGAAGUAACUGUUUAAAUUGUUAGAUUUUGAAUAUGGUUCAGUUGGAUGUAGAAUGUAACUAUUACUCACGAAAACGAUCUGAUUUUUUUUAGCAAGUGAUAUGCUUUCUUUCUGAGAGCAUUUCACAAAUGUUUCUACCUAAUGAAUCAUAUUUUAAAAAUAACACUUGUAAUUCUUUUUUCUUUUUAGUUUCCUGCCUGCGAUGGUUCACAUAAUAAACACAAUGAAUUGACAGGAGAUAAUGUGGGUCCACUAAUACUGAAGAAGAAAGAAGUAUAAUAAUAAUAAUAAUAUUAUAACAAUAUUUUCUCAUUCUUUGUGUAUAGAAAAUUUUAAAAUGGUGGUCUUAAUUAUUACUACUGGUUGAACAAUUAUUUCUUCCAAUUUAUUUUCUUCCUGCACUACUGUUUGUAUUUGAUCCUUUGUCUAUUCAGUCACUUAAUUAAAAAUUAAAUUGUCAAGCCUCUUA